AUGUUUCGAGAAUUUGAUAAAUUGAUUCGACUUCAUUUAACUAUUCCAGUAACUACUGCAACUUCUGAAAGAGCAUUUAGUGUAUUAAAUCGAGUGAAAAGUACACUUCGAAGUACUAUGACUCAAUCACGUCUUAAUCAUUUAUUAUUGGCACAUAUUUAUAAAGAAAAACUUGAUGAAAUAGAUCCAAAUCAAAUCAUGUCAACAUUUAUAUCAUCAAAUGAACAGAGACAGGCAUUUUUUUGGACUGAUGCUUUAAUUAAAAAUAAAUUAUUCUUAUAG